AAUUGUGAUAGUAAUGGUCAGAAGUUACAUGAUUCGGAUAUACCGACAAGUCCUGGUCGGCGUUUCAGUCAAUUCAAUUUCCAUUUGAGACGAUUUUCACACGCCCACAAUGCCACGAACCUAAAUCGGUUUGGAGAUUCUAUGGGUUCGCUGGGACAUCGAGCACUUCUGCAAUAUGUGGACGCCAAUGAUAUAUCCGGUUUGCGUUCCAUCUUAGAUAGUCGCCAUCUGACGGUAGAUGAUCGUGAUGAAAAUGGUGCCACACUGUUGAUGAUUGUUUCGACACGAGGUCUAACGGCAUUUGUACGUGAGCUAUUGGCCCGGGGCGCUGAUGUUCAGGCCGAGGAUAAUGACAAUUGGACGGCACUCUUGUGUGCCUCAAAGGCGGGGCAUUUUGAGAUUGCUCAGUUGUUGUUAGAUCAUGGAGCCGAUUUGGAACAUCGUGAGAUGGGAGGCUGGACUUCAUUGAUGUGGGCUGCCUAUCGUGGCCACACCGAAUUGGUUCGAUUCUUCUUGGAGAAAGGUGCCGAUGUCAAUGUCCAUGGUAAUUACCAUUUGGGACCAUUGCUGUGGGCCGCUGGCCGUGGCUUUAAGGAUAUUGUAGAAAUGUUAGUAACCCGCGGUGCCAAGGUAAAUGUGGGCGAUAAAUAUGGCACCACUGCCCUCGUGUGGGCCUGUCGCAAAGGCAAUGUAGAAAUUGUCGAUACCCUCUUGAAAGCUGGUGCUAAUGUUGAUACAGCUGGUAUGUAUUCAUGGACACCACUGUUGGUGGCGGCCUCUGGUGGCCACACCGAUUGUGUUACCUCUGUUUUGGAAAAGAAACCCAAUGUCAAUGCAUUGGAUAAAGAUGGCAUGACCGCAUUGGCUAUUGCCGCCAGAGAAGGUUAUCAGGAAAUUGCUGCGGCUUUAAUUGCUGCCGGUGCAUAUAUCAAUAUACAAGAUCGCGCAGGCGAUACACCUCUUAUACACGCCGUUAAGGGUGGACAUCGCAGUGUUGUCGAAGCUCUACUCAAGAAACAUGCUGAUGUCGAUAUCCAGGGUAAAGAUCGUAAAACCGCCAUUUAUACCGCCGUAGAGAAGGGUCACAAUCAGAUUGUCAAAAUCCUCCUGCACACAAAUCCUGAUCUCGAAGCUGCGACCAAAGAUGGCGACACGGCUCUGUUGAGGGCGGUACGCAAUCGCAACUUGGAAAUAGUACAAAUGUUAUUAGAUCGUAAGGCUAAAGUGGGUGCUAGCGAUAAACGUGGUGAUACAUGUUUGCACAUAGCAAUGCGUGCCAGGUCCAAGGCAAUUGUUGAGGCUUUGCUGAGGAACCCGAAGAACAGUCAAUUGCUAUAUCGGGCCAAUAAGUCGGGAGAGACACCCUAUGCCAUUGAUACAGCCCAUCAGAAGACAAUAUUGGGUCAAGUAUUUGGUUCACGACGUUUGAACACGAACGAAGAUUCUGAAGGCAUGUUGGGCUACGAGCUAUACUCCUCGGCCUUGGCUGAUGUUCUCAGUGAACCGACUCUCACCACACCCAUUACCGUGGGUCUCUAUGCCAAAUGGGGCAGCGGAAAAUCGUUCCUGCUCACCAAGUUAAGAGAAGAAAUGACAAAUUUUGCCCGUCAAUGGGCUGAACCUCCGAUACGAACAGCUGGUCUGCUAUUCCUAGUUAUUUUCCAUCUGGCCCUUAUCCUCGGCACCAUUGUCGGCCUAUGCACCUGGUCAUUUACCUGGGGUCCUGUGGCGGGUGCCAGUUUCCUGGCCUUUACAUAUCUCCUGCUUGCCAUCAUCCGCUAUUGCAACUACCAAAUGGAUAUGUACUGGGCCUACUCGAUCGAUCAUGGCAUACAGAAACGUAUUGGACGUCUAAGACUGAUUUUCCAAGUGGCCUUUUGUCAUCCACCCGGUGCUCAGGCGGAUAGCCAAGCAAAGCCAGUACGUUUCCACUUUGCCGAGGCUAGUAGUGCAUCGCCGACAGGUGAAGGAGCUGUGGCCCAUAUGUUAGCCUCCUUGUUUGAGGCCAUAGAGGUCCACUAUGGUUGGCUAUCAACUCGUCUCUACAGAGCUUUUCGCCCCAAACCCCUGAAAGUUACAGCUGGUUGGCGCUGGCGUCGCAUGUGUUGUGUUCCUAUUGUGGUAAUCUUUGAAAUGGGCCUGCUAACCCUCAUUGCAGGCGUUUCCUUGGUUGUGGCUUACUUUGCCCAUGGUUCCAGUGUAGAUAGUAACAAUGUCCUCAUGUCAAUUUAUGUAAUCUGUGCCAUUUUGGUCACAAUUAUCUGUACCAAUCUGCAUGUAUUGGCUAAAGCAGUUGGUGCCCUCUUCACAUCGCAGGGCCGACAUUUGAAGCGAACCAUUCGUUCGAGUGAAGGAGCACCGCUUACAGCCUUGGGCACCGAAGUGGCAUUAAUGACAGAUAUGAUUAAAUGCCUCGACGCUUUCACCAAUCAACAAAGUCGCCUAGUGGGUGUUGUGGAUGCCUUAGAUUCCUGUGAUACCGAGCGGAUCCUCUCCGUUUUGAAUGCCAUACAGACAUUGCUCUCUUCACCAAAUCGACCCUUCGUAAUGCUGAUUGCUGUGGAUCCACAUGUUAUUGCCAAGGCGGCAGAGGCAAAUAGUCGUCGUCUCUUUACCGAGGGUGGUAUUGGUGGUCAUGAUUUCCUAAGGAAUUUGGUUCACUUGCCGGUGUAUUUGCAAAAUUCCGGAUUACGUAAGGUACAACGGGCUCAAAUGACAGCAUUGUUAUUCAAGCGCAAUUAUGGUGAAUUACAAUCUGAUGAUGGACCCACAUUGGGUCAUUCUGUCUCGGCCAGAAGGCUAUCGAAUGCAUCGGAAAUUAUGUCAAGUCAGGAGAAAUUACGUGGUCCCUUAGGAGGUGGUCGUGGUGCUGCAUCGGGUAAGAAGUCAUUACGGCUCUCCGAAUCUGUGGCCAGUUCAAUUGGUUCGAAUCUACAUCGUUUGGGUCAAAAUCCUCAAGGUGUCUUGGAUAUGUCGAGAAUUAUGUUAACCGAUGAUUACUUUAGUGAUGUUAAUCCACGUAGUAUGAGACGUUUGAUGAAUGUUAUUUAUAUUACGGUUCGUCUCCUCAAGGCAUUCCAAAUUGAUUUUAGCUGGUAUCGUCUAAGUUCUUGGAUUAAUUUGACUGAACAAUGGCCAUUGAGAGCCAGUAUGAUUGUGCUGCAUCAUGAUCAAUUUAUGGAAUCAUUCGAUGACAGCGUUCCCCUGCAAGCGGUCUAUGAAAAAGUCCGCCCCAAAUUGGCCUGCUUACGUGAAGCCGCUCCCCUUCUCGAAUUGGAUCGUGAUGAGCGCAAAUUAGAUGCUUUCCUACAAUUGCAUAAAUCUGAUUUAUUGGUAG